UCGAUCCGGAACAACCAGGAGAAAGUCUGUAUAUGACAUCACAUCAUCCUUCUGCUGAUUAUUUACAAGAAAUGCCCUCACCUAUGAGACAUGAAUAUACAACAUCACCAGUUCGUUCUCCGAGAACCUCUGGAGACGUUCGUCCACAGUCACGACAAUCAUCAGAGUACAUGGCCCAUUCCUCACAAGAAUUUUCAGAUCCUCAACUACGAACAACACAUAUGGAACCUGAUGUAUUACAUGAAAGUUUGGGUGAGCCAUAUCUUGAAGCUACUAGGUCAGACAGAUCUGAAAGGUCACGUAGUAGAGGUAGUCGAGGUAGGAGUAUAUCUCCGUAUAGCGACACAGGUACUGGUGAACAUCCAAAUCCAAGCGUUUCAAGAUCUUCCGAGUCACCAUCACCACCACCAACAGAACGACGUCGACCUACAAGAGGAUAUACACCAGAUGAUAGUAUCGGCAUGCCACUUACGUCGCCAUCAAUUUCGCGUCGUGCCCGCAGUUCUAGGCGUUCAACACGCGAAACACGCGAACGUCGUAGUGGUGGAAACGGUUCUGCCUCUUAA